UCCGCCCACUCAGGAAAGCAAGACAUUACAUUUUUUCGCAUGUAACGCGAGUUGGAACGCGUCGGUUUCACGUGCGCGGUAGAAAACUGCGCUGUGCUGCAGUUUAGAGCGUAGCGAAACGUAAUGCAACGCGUCACGUCGUUUCAUAACGAAUUAUUUUAUCCCGAACGUUCUAUUUCUUUUUUUUGUCGCGUAGUAGAACAACCGGCAAAAAGCGAAACGGAGUUGUGUUUUUACUUGAACUUUUUUUAUCUGACUGCCGGUUUAAAGUAAAAUUAAAAUUCGAUCAGAGAUAAUCGCCACGAAAGAAGGAAAGAUAAUGUUAUUGUUGAGAAAGAGACUACUUGCAAUCAAUUAAUCCUUCGUUAAUCGCAAUAUCUUUCACCUGUGAAUGGUCGCAUUGCAUCAUGUAUCUCACAGGUGCAUUAAUUUUCCCAUUAUUUUCUUCUAUUUUUCGAAACAAUUUUUUGGGGGGGGGGGUUAAACGAUUAGGUCAGAUGAUUAACUAGUAAAUCACUAACAAUCUUAUAAGUAAUUUUUUUCCUUCAAUAGCGAUCCUUCGAAGGGCCAAGGAAGUACACGCGAGUGCGAGUCACGGGGUCUCGCAUCUUUCAGGACCGUUCAUCAGUGGGUCGCGCGUUCUCGUUCCCCAUUCCGGGGGAGGGAGGAGGAGGGAAGGCACGUAUGGAACGGUUUAACGCACGCGGUAUGCGAGCUUUUAAUUCACGGUUCAACGACGGGAAACCUGAUUUUGCAUAACGAGAAAGGCCUCCGCCGUUACGGUGAAAGCAACAGAUACUCCAGGACCCGUGGCACCAACUUCCCUGCUGCUUUGAGAUACAAAACAACGCCGAUGAAUCUCACGAGGAAUGAUGACUCCAGCCCUCAAAUUCAAGUACAACGUUAGGAGAGGCAAUGUUAGGAGAGAAGCCGCGUCGAGUUUAGUUCCGUUUGUCCCGGAGGCCAGUUCGAACCGCGCAAAAUCACAAAUGGACAAGGUCCGACGAACAUGCCUCGUCUAAUGUUCAAAAAAUCGCAGAGAGCACCAGCGCGCUGGACGCGGCGCGGCCGAAGGUGCCGCGCCUUGGGGGAUGUGAUCGUGGGAACCGGACGUAACAUUGUUCCUCAAGAUGAUUCCAUCCGAUUGCAUUCUGGACAUAUCGAACGUGUUCCACUCGACCGCGGUGGUGAUCGAAGGAAGUUGCCUGAACAAAUCCGAGCCCACGGCGGUGCUAAGAGAUGUAUCGGCCCGCGUUCACGGCGGAGAAGUUUUAGCUAUUCUGGGAUCAAAGGGCUCCGGCAAGCGAGCACUCCUCGAUGUUAUCGCCGGGAGAGCGGAGGGUGAGAAGAGAGGGAGGGUCACCCUGAACGGCAGCUUGCUGACGCCGGAGCUGUUCCGACGGCACGGCGGCUACGUGGCGCAUAGGUGUCAUCUGUUGCCGAGUCUCACCGUCCGCCAGAGUCUGACCUACGCCACGUGGCUCGCCAAUCUGAACAACCGCGAGGCCAGAGUGCGGCAGACCCUGGCCGACUUGGCGCUGUCGCAGGUGGCCAACAGAUCGGUGAACGAUCUCACCAGGCCGGAGUACCGGCGGCUGAUGUUGGGGGUGCAGCUGGCGAAGGACCCGACAUUGCUGCUGCUGGACGAGCCUACCUGGGACACCGACCCGCUCAAUACGUACCUCAUCGUCUCGAUGCUGUGGUCCUACGCCACCAGACGCGGCUCCAUCGUCGUCCUCACCAUGGAGACGCCCAGGUCCGACGUGCUGCCCUUCGUCAGUCGAGUGACUCUGCUGUGCUUGGGCGCGGUGGUCUACUCGGGACCCACCAGGAGUAUGCUGGAUUAUUUCACCUACAUCGGCUUCCCGUGCCCGGAACUGGAGAAUCCGUUGAUGUAUUAUCUAUGCCUGUCGACGGUCGAUCGCCGUUCCAGAGAUCGCUUCCUGGAGUCCAAUCAGCAGAUAUCCGUGUUGGUCGAGAAGUUCAAAGUGGACGGCAUGCUCUACAUGAAAGAAGCCCCGCAAGUGCCGCACAGCGUUAAAGACACGGCCCUUGGCAUCAUGCACAAAGGAUUAGGUCGCGGAAUCAAGCCUGGCUGCUUCUCGACCCUUUUAGCGCUAUACUUGAGAGGUAUGUCCGCUACGUUCUCCUUUAACAAGAUCGGCCUGGGACACUUCGCUGCUCGCCUGCUGUUGUUACCGUUUCUAGUGGCCCUAAUGAGCAUACUGUACUCACACUCGAGUCCCGUACAGUCGAGGAUAUUUUUACAGACCGGUGGUUUAAUCUUCAACGUCUUGACGUUGUUCUACGUGGCCGGAAUAGCCGCGACCUCGCUCAUGUUUCCAGGUUUCCGUGCGAGGUACUACCAAGAGAAGCGAGAAGGUCUCUACGGUGGCGCCAUGUUCCUCACAGCGUACACCCUGCUGAGCCUACCGCUUAGCUUCAUAUCGACCUUGAUAACGAUCGGCAUCCUGAUACCCAUCCUGGAGCUGGACAUCUCCUCGUGGGCCUAUGCCUGCGGUAUUCUGUGGUCCAGUUACGUAGCAGCUGAACAAGUGACCGUGGCUGUUCUCAUGGUGAUCGGACGACCCAUAACGGGCGCGACCACGGUCCUGUAUAUGACCCUAUUGUCUCUGGUGAUCGCGUCGGGCGCCGUUCGCAGUCUCAAGAACCUGCCCUAUUGGCUGGCGAUGGUGUCGACCGCGUUGCCCACCAGAUACGCCUCGUUGGCGCUGAACCAGCUGGUGAUUGACGUACCCACCAUGUCGAAUCUGCCGUACAACGAGAGCUUCACCUGCCCGGGCGUUCCUGAGCUCUGCAGAUACCCGGAGGGCAGGACCUACCUGAUCGAGCGCUUCACCAGGGAGGGCGAGAACAUCUCCGAGGUGUUGAACGUGAACCUGAAUCUAUUGAUCUCCUUGGCAUUCGCCGUCGGUCUCAUCAUAUUGAACAGCGUGCUGUAUCUGUUGCCGUUACCCGCCAAAGUGAAGGCCAAGUUCAGGGAAUGAUGGACCGCGAAGUGCGCGUUCAACUCGACAAAAAUGCGGCUGUCGCGCUGCGCUUCGU